AUGGCCCCCAACGGUUCCGCAGCCCAGGCGUCAGCCUUCCACGCAGUCAUCGACGCAUGCAACAAGUUCGACGGCAACCCAAACGACAUGUGGAAAUUCUAUAUUCUCAACAAUUCCCAACCGGUUGGCUACAUUCCUGAAGAGUUUAUGGCUCAGAUCAGUUGGAAAGACACCGAUUUCAUUGUCAAGAACAAGACGAAGAGCGUGAUCCUGAGCCCGGCUCUCCGCACUGACAUGACUGCAGUUGAGGCCUGUCAGCAUCACUUUCGAAAGUUCUGUGAGGUCAACAGGGCCCAAUUCAACGGUUGUCUUGACAAGUGGCUGUUGUCCAAGAAUCCUUCUUACCAGGCUAUUCGAUGGGUUGAUCACCGUGAGCCCAUGUUCACGAUCCCCACGCCUCUGCGUGGCAUCUUCGGCAUCGCAACUGCCGGUGUCCACCUCAACGUCUACACCACGAUCAACCAGAAACCCUUCAUGUGGGUGUCCUAUCGAUCCCUCACUGCCUCUUAUCCCGGCAUGAUGGAUCAGAUCGUGGCUGGUGGCAUGGACCCCGAGGACGGCUACGAGGCCUGGAAGACCCUGGAGCACGAAGCCUGGGAGGAAGCUGGUCUUGUUCUCGACAGCAACUCCUAUGAAAUGACCCACAAGGGUGUCAAGGUGGGAACCGUCCAAGGGCCAUCUCGCAUCUCUUUCUAUGAUCGGAAGAAUAUCCAGGCGGGUGUCGCAGAGCAGGGCCACAUUGAGCCCGGUGUGCGAUUCGUUUUUGACUUGGAAGUAUCUCCCGAUUUUACUCCCACUCCUGGUGGCGACGAGCAUGUCGGGAGCUUCCGGUUGAAGCCCAUGGAUGAAGUCAAGGAAGACCUCCUGCGCGGAAAGUGGAAGCCGAAUUCGGCUCUCACGACGCUGGACUUUCUCUUGCGCAAGGGUUACGUUACGGAUGACGGCAACGAUGAAGUUAAGAAGCUUCGGGCGCGUCUCCAAGUCGAGCUGCCCAUGGAAACUAGCUAG